CACCCCCAAUCCCUGGCAGAAGGAUUACAGCUGCUGCUUAGAGUGGACUGUCACCUCCUGCUCUGUACUGCUGUCCCUGCUGCUGCCGGCUUAGCCAGGAGAUGAGCUUCUUGUUUGGCAAUCGCUCUUCAAAAACCUUCAAACCAAAAAAAAGUAUUCCUGAGGGGUCUCACCAGUAUGAGCUGCUUAAACAUGCAGAGGCCACGCUGGGCAGUGGGAACCUUCGUAUGGCUGUUAUGCUUCCUGAGGGGGAAGACCUCAACGAGUGGGUGGCUGUAAACACUGUGGAUUUCUUCAACCAAAUCAAUAUGCUUUAUGGAACCAUUACAGAUUUCUGCACGGAAGAAAGCUGUCCAGUCAUGUCUGCUGGUCCAAAGUAUGAGUACCAUUGGGCUGAUGGAACCAAUAUAAAGAAACCAAUUAAGUGCUCUGCUCCCAAAUAUAUUGAUUACCUGAUGACAUGGGUACAAGACCAGCUUGAUGACGAAACACUCUUCCCUUCUAAAAUAGGUGUUCCUUUUCCAAAGAACUUCAUGUCUGUAGCAAAGAUUAUCCUUAAGCGUUUAUUCCGAGUGUAUGCUCACAUCUACCACCAGCACUUUGAUUCUGUGAUUCAACUACAGGAAGAGGCGCAUCUCAACACUUCUUUCAAGCACUUUAUUUUUUUUGUUCAGGAAUUCAACUUAAUUGACAGAAGAGAGCAAGCUCCACUGCAGGAACUAAUUGAAAAACUGACUUCUAAGGACAGAUAAGAUCCUGGUUACAUGAGCACAGAUGCCUUUCUUUGAAGCAAGCUUUGCUUUUUUUUAAUUAUUAUUAUUCUUGUUCCGUUCAUAGCAGCCAAAAUCUAUUUUUUGUGUGCUUAUAAAGAGGGAACAUGAUGUAGGUAUUUUCUGGCCUUCUAGUGAUUCCAGUUGAUUGUCGGUACUACUUAACCUGUUCUUGGAGGGAGUAGAUGGAAAUAUUUAGGGUCUUUGAACUUUAACCCCUAAAACUACUUUGCAAGUCCCUCAUUGCACUGUGGGUUAUUAAGCAUUAUGUGCCUAAUUUUAGAUGCUCCUGUGCAUAUGUCCAUUUUGACAUAACCACUUAGCUUCUAAUGUAUUUAAAAUGUUAGUAUUUUAUUUUUAAUGCAAUGUAGCUGCCUAGUAUAAAAUUCUGUAUGACAUGAAGUGGUUCUAUAUAAGAGAAUUCUCAUAUAAUCAGAGUAAAAGUAAUACUAACAGACUGACACUUUUAAGGCAUUAUACAUCCAUAGAUUCUGUAAGACUGAAAUUAUUUAGUGUUUUUGGUACAAUUUAGAUACCAAGGUAUCCUGGUUACAAAAGAAGGUGUGACUCAGUCAGGGAAGAAAUUCCAGUUGCUUUCUUUAGUGUUUUAUAUAUUUGCACAGAUCAAGUUGUGUCUAGUUUGCAGCUUUUCAAAGAGAAACAAAAAAAUGUUAAAAGAAUAUUAGACAUUUCUUGUUUUUGUGUAAAAAUUGUACUUUGUCCCCACUCCCUGAGAGAGGCAAAAUCUAUAACCUAGGUUUCCAAAUGCUUCAAAUUGCCUAAAACCGCUAUUUGAUUUGGAGCAUUUACAAGUUACAGCAUUUGAUUUUUGGCUUCUCUAGGGAGUGUGGGAAAAAGUACAUUUUUUACAAAAAAAAAGCCAAAGGUUUUUAAUGCCCUCUUAAUUCUGAUCUGAUUUCCCAUUUACUUUUGCAUUAUGUACCAGAUAUGUGGUGUUGCAUAUACAGCACAAGUAGAUAUCUAUUUGUUUUUUCAAAGAUCAAGUUAAUAUGAGCUUGAUGGCUUCAACCCAUAUUGUUUUACGGACAUACGUCUUAACAUAAUGAUGAUUGCACAAGACUACUGUGAAACAUAAAAUAUUUUCCUAUAUGAAAACUACUGGCAAAAUUAAAAAGGAACAUUUUGCUUAAAAGGACAUAACACUAAUUUAUUUAUAGUAUAUAUCAACAGUUAAAAACUGCACUGCAAAAGGUCCACAUACAAAAGGAAUGUUUUAAACACAUAUGUAAACUGCCAUUUUGUUAGCAGAAUUUGUAUCAUUUUGCAGUGCAGAGACAUAUCCCUUUAAUAAAUAUAAACAGUAUUUCCAUAGCAACUUGUAUCAAUAAAUAUUGAAUGGUAAUGAAAAAUAAUCUUUAAACAUAAUUGUACUGGGCUGCUUGUAUAAUAGAAAUGGUAAGAAAUAUACAAAGCAGCUUGAGAAGGAAUAUAAAGUACCAUUGAAAGAAAAUCCAAAUUUCAAUUUUACAUUUUUUUUUAAUUUUUUUUUAACAUCUGUGACCUGUUAUCACAGCUAAUAUAGCAAGGAACAAUGACAGCUAAGUUAAAGAAAAAACAUUUUUAGGAAUUCUGCCAUUGUGCAUUCAUGAUUAAAACAUAAAUUUCAACGCAUUGCAAGUUAAUAUAUAAAUAAAAUAUAAAGGGUAAACCAUAAAGCUUGUAUUUCUUUGUCAUCUGUCUUCUUUAUUACUAAUGUAAUAAAAAAUCAAGAAAAAUAUGGAGAAUAAGGUAUAAUUAUAUAAAAUAUAUAACAAUUAAGAAAAAUAUAAUUCAGAAAAAUAUAUAUUAAUAUCUGCAUUAAUGCAUUCAUUAAUUUAGUCAACAUAAAAAAAUAAAAAAAUAAAUAAAAGGAAAGAAAAUGUGUGGCAUUAAUAAAACAUAAAACUGAAUAUUCAGCAGAAAUCAUUUUCUGUAUCCAGCCAGCCAACUAGAAAUGGAUUCAUUGUGAAAAAGGGAAAUACUGGCAAAAUUAAAUUAUAAAUGUAUCAUGAUAUAAAAUAAAUAUUUCUUGCAAUUGUAAAA